CGUGACGAAAGGGGGAGGGCAAGCUAGGUUGCGCGGGUUUGGGUGGUGGUUACCGGGCCGCAGCAAUAGCAGCCGCGGCGGGAGUGGAACGUCCAGCGUGAGGGGGCGGCUGUUGCCAGCUGCGAGUCUUCGGCCCGGCCAGGCUCAGCGGUGGUGGCCCCGGCCAUGGAGUCCUACGAUAUAAUCGCCAACCAGCCCGUAGUCAUUGACAACGGUUCAGGAGUAGUAAAGGCUGGUUUUGCUGGAGAUCAAAUCCCAAAAUAUUGCUUCCCAAACUAUGUGGGCCGUCCGAAGCAUGUCCGGGUCAUGGCUGGGGCGUUAGAAGGAGAUCUCUUCAUUGGACCUAAGGCAGAGGAGCAUAGGGGGUUGUUGUCCAUCCGGUACCCCAUGGAACAUGGUAUCGUUCGGGACUGGAAUGACAUGGAGAGGAUCUGGCAGUAUGUUUAUUCCAAAGAUCAGCUGCAGACAUUCUCAGAAGAGCAUCCUGUUCUCCUGACAGAAGCCCCUCUAAAUCCCAGCAAAAACCGGGAGAAAGCUGCUGAGGUUUUUUUUGAGACCUUCAAUGUUCCGGCUCUCUUCAUUUCCAUGCAAGCUGUCCUCAGUCUUUAUGCCACAGGUCGCACUACAGGAGUGGUGCUUGAUGCAGGGGAUGGAGUGACACAUGCGGUACCCAUCUAUGAGGGCUUUGCUAUGCCCCACUCGAUCAUGCGGGUAGACAUUGCUGGGCGGGAUGUUUCCCGUUACCUCCGCCUGCUGCUGCGGAAAGAAGGCUAUGACUUCCACACCUCAGCUGAGUUUGAAGUGGUCAAGACAAUAAAAGAGAGGGCUUGCUAUUUGUCCAUCAAUCCCCAGAAGGAUGAGGCUCUGGAGACGGAGAAGGUGCAAUACACACUGCCUGACGGGAGCACUUUAGAUGUUGGUCCAUCCCGGUUCCGAGCUCCUGAGCUGCUCUUCCAGCCAGACCUAAUAGGAGAUGAAAGCGAAGGGAUCCACGAAGUGCUCGCAUUUGCCAUCCAGAAAUCUGACAUGGACCUGAGGAGGACGCUGUUUGCGAACAUUGUCCUGUCUGGGGGGUCUACACUUUUUAAAGGCUUUGGGGACCGGCUGCUCAGUGAAGUGAAGAAACUGGCUCCAAAAGAUGUAAAAAUUAAGAUCUCGGCUCCUCAGGAGAGGUUAUACUCUACAUGGAUUGGCGGCUCUAUUCUGGCCUCCCUGGACACUUUUAAGAAGAUGUGGGUAUCCAAGAAGGAGUACGAGGAGGACGGAUCCCGGGCCAUUCAUCGGAAGACCUUCUAGGGCGGGGUAGUGGGGUGGUGGCAAAGCAGCUGGUGUCCUUGGGUGACUCAUCCAGGUUGUGUCUUUUCUCUUAACCCUUUCCUGUCCAGGGCUGCUCCCUCCUUGUUGGUUGGGGCCAAUUCCCACCUUCCCCUGGGCCUCAUGCUUACCUGUCUUAGUGCCCUGUCCAAUGCAUGUUGCUAGCAUGUGCCCCUUGGGUGUGGGAGGCACAGCUGUAUUUUUGAGGCCUUGGCUGUGGUGGAGGAGGGCAGUGGCCCCAGCCAGGAAAGGAACUCAAAGCUCCAUUCCUCUUCCUGAUCUGUUCCAUAGGAAAAGCACCAGGUGAUGCUGAUGUAAUGCUGAUGCUCUGUGCCAGCCAGUAGGAAGGCUGCUUCAUGCCUCUGUUAUAUCCUGUAAGACAGAGGCCUUCGUGGUCUCCAGUUUGAUGGAGAAUUAUUGGAAGGCUGCAUCUGGCAAAGAAGAAUGAAUCUGUAGAUGUGGCUGCCUGUGGUGGCUGCAUUGAGUGCUUAAGCCAUAGCACAGGAAUUGUCCUAGACCCAGCAUCUCUCUCAGCCUGUUGCAUCUAAACAUGUCCUUGCUUAUAUGGCAGGCAGCUAGCCAUGCUAAGCAUUUUUCAGCCAGGAUAUGAGUGGUACCUAGCCUCUAGACCUUUCAGUGCUGUUAGGGACAAGUUUCUCGACAGCAGCUGAAGAAACUACCUUAGCACAAAUCCCCACCUUCCCUCAUCCAUCCAAUCAUAGUGAAAAAAGAAAGGGCCAGUCCGUUGAUGGACUGUGUGCUUAAUCAAAGCUUCACUACGGUUACUGGGCAAAGGUGUUUCCUUCCUUCCUGUGGUUUACCGCACAGGGGACUAAUACUGUUUACAUUAAUGCUGUCAGUCUAGGCUUGUGGAUUUUGUAGGGGCAGGGUAAAUACAGAGAGUUCUCUGGUGGUCAGAGAAGCUCUGGGUAGCUGUUGCUGUGGGGCCUGGCCAGACAUUUCUUAUACAUUGCUCCUGUGUCUCUCACCCACCCCGUCUCCUUUUGAGGGUUGCAGAGGCUGGUGCAUUACUACCAAGACAUUCCUGUGCUGGGUAGAAGAGUGUGGCUGUGGCACCAGUUCCCCUCCCCCUCUACAUCUCUUUCCCCUUCUGCUGGGAAUGGAUUCUCAGACCAGUGGCACUUCCUUUGGGUAAUACCAAGGUGGUUGUGAUGGCGGCAGCCGUGCUUGGUAGGGACUAAACACCUCUGCUACUUUACCAACUCCUGUUCCAUCUCACCAGGCCUUUUAUUUGUAAAGCUGGACUGGGAGUGGGUGGGGGCAGCAAAAUAAGUUUGUGACCCGGCAGAGGCAGGUAAAGCGGUAGGGGAAAGUUCAGCUCUUGUUGCCCACAUAACUUUAGAUCUAAACAGGCAACUUCCCCCUCAUUUCCACUUACAAGAUGAAUGAAGUGCAUGUUAACAACUCAUGUGGUUGUCCCUGUGGGGGCUCAUUUGGAUCUUUGUUUAAGCAAGGAAGUUCCCCUUCUGCUUUUGGGAGCAGCAGAGGUGUUGUCGAGCCUCUGUGCCCUACAUCAGUCACUUCCUCCAGGCAGUUUGGGUGGUGCCUUCUUGCUCAGUGAUGACCCUGGCCAUAAUCUGCCCCAAGAUGCAAAGCUCUAGCAUGCUGGUUUUGUUUUUUUGCUUUUUUUUUUUUUUUUUACAAAACCACCACCACCCUCCCAAACCCCGCUGGGCAACUAGAGAGCAAUACAGCAGGGGUUCCACUGUAGCCAAAGUAUACAGCAGCAGAGAGGAUGGGAAGCUAGCUGCCUUCUGACUCUAGGUGCAUGAUAGCAAUUAGCCUUGGACUGGAAAGGGUUAAUUUUUUUUAAAAAAACAAUGAAAACACAUCAAUUUAAAAGAACCCCUUGCAAAGGGGUGACUGUAUCCCUCAAGGGGCAAUGGCUCUUGCCCCUCCAAGCGUGUGUGUAUAUUGGCUUCUUCAUAUUAUCUGCCACCUAGAGCAAUCUAUUCCAAAUGGAGGCAAGUGCAAACACCCCACCCCCAUUCCUUCACCUCUCUGGACUGCAAUGUACAAUAAUUUAACACAGUUGCCUGUAUUUUUAUUUUGUAAAUUCAUUAUAGUAACUAUAAAUUAAUGGACAGUA